GAUCCCAGUGUUUUUCUGUCUCUGCACAGACUCUGCUGUUGGCUGUGCUCUCUUUGGAGCUUUGUUUCUAGCCGUUCUCUGACAAAGGGCUUGUUCUGUGAAGCACAUCUCGUCCUCUUUGUCCAGCCUCUGGCUUCAACCAUGAAUCACAAAUACUCUCCAGCUGGGAAUCAGACCAGGGCUGAGAUGAAGAACCCAGAAGCCCAACAGGAUGUUUCAGUUUCCCAGGGAAUUCGCAUGAUGUUUUACAUGAUGAAGCCUAAUGAAACGUCAUUCCAAACUCUAGAAGAGGUGCCCGAUUAUGUAAAACAGGCAACUCCAUUUUUCAUUUCACUGAUGCUGCUUGAACUGGUUGUCAGCUGGAUUCGCAAAGGGAAGCCACCAGCCCGUUUGGAUGAUGCAUUAACAUCGAUAUCAGCUGGUGUUCUGUCUCGGCUUCCACGUUUGUUUUCCAGGAGCAUUGAAUUGACCAGUUACAUUUAUAUCUGGGAGAACUACAGGCUCAUCAGUUUACCUUGGGAUUCUCCAUGGACUUGGUAUUUAACCUUCUUAGGAGUUGACUUUGGCUACUAUUGGUUUCAUCGCAUGGCCCAUGAGGUUAAUAUUAUGUGGGCUGGACACCAAACACACCACAGUUCUGAGGACUAUAACUUAUCCACUGCACUGAGACAAUCUGUCCUCCAAAUAUAUACUUCCUGGGUAUUCUACCUCCCCCUGGCACUCUUCGUACCACCUUCAGUGUUCGCCAUUCAUCUUCAGUUCAACCUCCUCUUCCAGUUUUGGAUCCACACCGAGGUCAUUGAUAACCUUGGUCCUUUGGAACUUAUUCUUAAUACUCCUAGCCAUCAUAGGGUUCAUCACGGCAGAAACCCUUAUUGCAUAGACAAAAAUUAUGCCGGCGCCCUUAUUAUAUGGGAUAGAAUUUUUGGAACAUUUGAGGCAGAAAAUAAAAAAGUUGUAUAUGGUUUGACACAUCCCAUUAAUACAUUUGAUGCAUUCAAGGUGCAGUUCCACCAUUUAGUUUACAUAUGGACUACAUUCUGGGCCACACCUGGGUUCUUCAAUAAGUUUUCUGUCAUAUUUAAAGGACCAGGAUGGGGUCCUGGUAAACCACGACUUGGACUGAGUGAAGAAAUCCCAGAGGUCACAGGGAAAGAAAUUCCCUACUCAUCAUCGGCGUCUCAUUUACUAAAGAUAUAUGCGGUUCUGCAGUUUGCUCUGAUGCUAGCAUUUUACGAAGACACCUUUGCAGAUAAAGCUGCACUGUCACAGUUCACUCUCCUUCUGAGGGUUUGCUUCAUUAUCCUGACCUUGACCUCCAUUGGAUUUCUUCUUGAUCAAAGACCUAAGGCAGCUGCUGUGGAAGCUUCCCGCUGCUUGGUGUUCCUGGCGCUGUGUAGGUUUGGUCACCUGAAGCCUCUCAUCCCUUCCCUGUCGUUUGUUUUUGAGCUAUUUCCAACAGGAACCACUACUCUCCAACCAUGGCAGUGGUUGUCUAUGAACAAAGUCAAGUCUGAGUGACUGUUCAGCUAUGAUACUCUGGACGGAACUUAGUUACCAGUGAACAGAUUUUUUUUUCCAUCUGCAUUGCUUUCUGGGGAGUAAGAAGCAUGAAGCAACUUGCCGCUGGCCUUUCAAAAUAAUCUAAGUUUGUACACAAUUCUCUUGUUUUAAUCAGUUGCCUGUCACCAUAAUAUAUAACUAUUGGCUAUAAAAAUAAGUGUUUUAUAUAAUAACUAUAUGAACCGUUUAUUUACUGGAAGGUAAUGCACUUAUUAACUGUUGCUUGCUUUCUACAUUUAUUGUUUUCUCUUAAAGUCAGUUGCAGUUACUUUCUUGAUAGGGUUGAAAAGAAAUGAUUUCUUAGGUAAUGAUGUUAUAGCCACUGUUGUAUCUAAGCCAAUGAGAAUAAGAAAAGGAAGGGAGAAAACAAAAAUAGUAAAAAGAAUGAAUAUGUCAUUUGCAUUGAUUUGACAGCUUUUCCUUUGCUGUUUGCUAAAAUUGUUUGUGUUACAUGCUGUUGGGUGGGCUCCACCUUCUGGUGACCCUGAGAAUGAGUGAUGUCCACACUGUCCUGUCCUCCACAGCCCUGCUUAGCCCCUGUAGCUUCAGGCCUGUGGCUUCUUUUAAGCAGUCAAUCCACCUAAUAUUCAAGCUUCCUCUUUUCCUGCUGCCUUAUGUUUUUUCCCAGCACCACUGUCUUUUCCAAAGUAUUCUGCCUCUUCAUCAUUUACCCAAAGUAGAACAACUUCACUAUUCUCAUUUUUGCCUCCAAUGGUGUUUCAGACUUCAUUUGCUCUAGGACCCACUGGUUCCUGUUUCUAUUGGUCCAGGGCAUCUGUAGAGCUCCCCUCUGACACCAAGAUCCAAAUGAAUCAGUUCUUUUUUUCUAUCAGCCUUCUUCACUAUCCAACUGUUGCAUCCAUACAUGGUAAUCGGGGUUUUGAGGGAGGGAGUGACCUCAGCCUUGAUCUCUAAUGCCACAUCUUUCCUCUCGAUGAUCUUUCCCAAUUCGCCCACUGCUGCCCUUCCAUGUCUCUCUUGAUUCCUGGGCUGCAGUCUCCAUUUGAAUUGAUAACUGAACCAAGGUAAGAAAAAAUGUUUAACAAUUUCAGUGUCUUCCUUGUUGCACAUUUCUUCUGUAGUCAUGGAUUUUGUUUUCAUAAUGUUCACAGUCGUGUCUUAGCACUUUCUUUUUCACUUGCAUCAGCAGUCAUUUCAAAUCAUUGCAACUUUCUGUCAAUAAGAUGGUGUUUAUUGAUAUUUGUCCCACCAACUUUUAUGCCUCAUUCCUCUGAGUAUAGCCCAGUUUUACAUGUGAUGAUGCAAUCUGUGUACCAAUUAAACAAAUAGGGAAAUAAAAUACAUCCUUCUCUGACACAUUUGCUAUAGGAAACGGUUCUGCUAAAAUUGUGCUUAGGUGUAUAUUUGUCAUCAUAAAAAUGUUUAGAAGAGUUGUCUUCCUAGAAUUAUAUUUACCUUUAAAAACCACAUAACCUAAGGAUUUACAUUACAGAAAAGACAUCAAUGAAAUGAAAAUGAAUAGAAUUUGUCAGAAUUAAUUUACUCAACAGAUUAAUUUGUGAUACGUACGUCUAAUGUGUUUAGUUAUUUUGUUUUGGUAGAUUGAAGAGCAGGCAGUAAUUCUGUGUUAUGUUAAAUUAUCACAAUAAUGUUAAUAAAACUCUCUAAAUAAAAUUGC